AUGUCUAGCGCCAAGAGAUAUGUCUCUGUGCUUCCCUCGCCACUCUGGAAGUGGUCGGUUGGGGAUUUCUACAUCAUGUCGGACACUGAGAAGCGCGUCGACCUCGCUGACGACAAGCAAGUCCAGCUUGCCGACUCGGAGCAAAGCACAGAGGACUUGAGGAUUGAGCCGCACCGCCAUGAUGUUGAGAUUCUCAACAAGGACUAUGAGGGCAAGCCUACCGACGAGGAGCUCGAGACGCUACGCCGUGUCCCUGGUGCUCUGCCCGCCACCGCCUACCUGCUCUGCGCCGUAGAAUUCUGCGAGAGAGCUUCCUACUACGGAUGUGCCCAAAUUUGGACCAACUACAUCAACCGUCCACUCCCGGUCGGCGGCAAUGGUCUCGGCGCUGUCCCCCAUGGCAGCCAGGGCACCCAGGGUGCUUUGGGCCUCGGCGAAAAGGUGGCCAACGCCACGGGCCAAUCGUUCAACCUCCUCGCCUACUCCCUGCCUCUUCUCGUCGGAUAUCUGGCUGAUACCAGAUUUGGUCGCUACCCCAUGAUUUUCUGGGGCAUCAUGCUCUGCGGUCUUGGUCACGUCCUCAUCAUUGCUGGUGGUGCCCGGUCGCUUCUCGAAGAUGGCACUGCCAAGAUUCCAUUCUUCAUUGGUGUCUACAUUCUGGCCGUCGGUGCUGCCAUGUUCAAGCCCAACGUCACCCCUCUACUUCUCGAUCAGAUGAGAAACCAUGUACCCAAAGUCAUCACCCUCAAGAGCGGCGAGCGUGUCAUUGAGGAUCCCGAGCACACUGCUGAGCGCGCCAUGCUGUGGUUCUAUCUCCUCAUCAACAUUGGUGCUUUCAUGUCGACGGCCACUUCCUACUCGGCUAGAUACGUGGGUUGGUGGCUGGCCUUUACCCUGCCUCUGAUUCUCUACAUCCCUCUCCCCAUCCUUUUAAUCUGGCUCAAGCCUCGUCUUAUCAUACACAAGCCGGGUGGCUCUGAUCUUGUCAACGUCUUUCGCGUCAUUGGCCACUGCAUGGCCAAGGGCGGCAUUUUCCGCAUCGGAAAGACUGGCUGGUGGGAUGCUGCGAAGCCCUCCGUCAUUGCGGCCCAAGGCGGCUCUGAGACGCGCUACAACGACGCCUUUGUCGAGGAUGUAAAGCGUACUAUGCAGGCCACUGGAAUGUUCUGUUUCUUCCCCGUUCAGUAUUGGAACGACAACGGUCUGGGCAAUUCUGCCAACUACCUCGGUACCAUGCUUCGUGGCAACGGUGUCCCCAACGAUGUCAUUGGCAACUUUAACAGUCUGAGUAUUAUUGUACUCGGUCCCAUUCUCAACUACGGCCUGUAUCCCCUUCUUCGCAACCGUCGCAUCCACUACGGCCCCAUUGCCCGUAUCACAACCGGCUACUUCAUCAGCACGCUUGGAGGUAUUGGAUAUACCCUUCUCUGCUGGAAGGCCUAUGAGACGAACCCUUGCGGCUACUACGGUUCCUCGGACCCCCGCUGUGUCGACAACGGCCUCGUUUCCCCCAUUUCUCUGUGGUGGGAGGCGAUCCCGUAUGCGCUCGGCGGUUUCUCGGAGCUCUUCAUCAACGUCCCUGCAUACGGUAUUGCCUACUCGCGCGCCCCUGUCAACAUGCGUGGUUUAGUGUCGUCGAUCAAUUUGUUUAACACUGGCUUUGCUUACAUUGUCAACCUGGCCACUUCGGCCGCCAUCGCUGACCCGCAUCUGAUUUGGGUCUUUGGUGGUCCUGCCAUUAUCGGCGGCAUUGUCACGGUUGGCUUCUGGUUCAUCUUCAAGCACAUUGACAAGGAGGAGUACGUCUUGUCGACCAACCAGGUCAGCGAGGCGACUGGCACGCGCGACUACUUUGACGAGAACGAGUUGAACGAGAGCAGCAACCGCCCCGCUUCCAUCUCUGCCAACGAGCAGAAUGGUUUCUCCCAGAAAAUUUAG